AUGGCGACCGCGGAGGAUAUUGCGUGGUUCCAAUCGACUUUCCGUCCUAUCCCGAAGCCUGAACUUCCUGAUGAUUCGGUCGAAUAUUUCAUUUAUCACUUGCCCUCCCCCGCCCCCGCCGUUAUCGACGAAGCCGCGGAGGCUCGAGCCCGAUUGCUCGAAGUGCAGCGCACCGCUGCUGAGUUGACGAAAGAGCUUUUGAAAGACUACAUUUGGCAGCGCGAAAGCUUCCGCUUAGAGAUUAACAAAGAAAAUGGCAUUACCUCACUUCACGGGCGUACCAACUACGGCGACUCUAUUGAGGACGAGUGGGUGAUUGUAUACCUUCUCCGGGAGUUGACAAAUCGGCAUAAGGACAUUUGGGUCAAGGUUGUGGACAGUGAUGGCGAAUUCUUGCUCGUCGAGGCUGCCGGCACUCUUCCCGCAUGGCUGGAGCCUGAAGUUGCAGACAAUAGGGUCUGGAUCCACCAAGGACAACUCCGGAUUAUCAAGCCAAAGCAAGACAAGGGUCGAAAAGUCACCGAAAAACUUACACUCGCCGACGCACGAACGAUCAUUCAGAAUGAGCCAGAUCGCUUUAUGAAGUCCACGAUAAUUCAAGAAGAGGCAUUUUACCGUCUACGCAAUUACCCCAAGCAGAUUACCGAAAACCUUCACUCCGCGAUCCUCACAAUUCCACGCAAGGUCGCAUUCCUCCUACAUCAAAAGCCAGCAUACAUAUCCCCCGCAGUGGAGGCAUUCUAUAUCCGAGAUCCGAUCGCCCUACGGCCGCUUCGAACGAAGGAUAUUUCUGAUCUGACUUUCAGCCCCAACGACUUGGUCACCGUGAGCGUUAGAUUCACGCGAGUUGGAUAUGCUCAGUUGAAGAGCCAAGAAUUUCCCGUUCCAAGCAGCUGGGCUUCCAAGUUACCACCAAUGGAUGAUCAAAAAGCAUACGCUCGCGCUGAAGCGGGGAUGAAGCUUGCCUGUGGCUUUGAAAUGCUGCUCCAUGAUCCUCACUACCAAGACAAAGGCUCUGUCCGCGAAAUGAAGCUUCUUCUUGAGGACAUUGAGACUGGGGAUGAGCUGCUACCUACCGACGAGGAAAUUGAAAAGUCUUGGGACAAGCGAGAAGAUGAUGAAAAAUGGAUGGAUAUCAACUUUGAGGAUCUAGACAGAGAGCUCAAAGGAAAGGGAAAAUCCGGCGAGAAAACCGGAGGCGAUUUUGGCGAUGCAAGUGCACAAGAAAAUUUACAGCGGAUCGUGGCUCGCUUUGAAGAAUUCUUGAACGACAACUCGGCAGGCUUUGAAGGAGCCGAUUUUAUUGAUGAUUUCGACUCUGACUCAGAUGUCAACGAAGACGAUGAUGACGAUGAGGUCAGCAGUGAUGGAGAAGACAAGGAUGCCUCCUUUGAUGAAGAGGAGUUCUCUCGGAUGAUGAAAGAAAUGAUGGGCAUGCCGUCCGGGUCUGGCCAAGGACCAGACAUUUCUACACCUCUGCGUAACCGGAUCAAGGAGCUGGAUGAUCUCGAAGAAGAAGAAGACGACGAUACCGAACAGAUUCAAGCGUUGUCCCGACAGAUGGAAGCCGAACUUAAAGGAACAGGUGUGCUUGAUCUCAACAAACACCAGCAGAAAUUGGCGACUGGGGCGAGCUCCUCCAAGGGCAAGACCGCAGUGUCAUCCAAUCCCGAUUUUGAGGGGGAUGACGAGGAUGACGACGUCAACAUUAACCUCGCAAAGAACCUGCUCGAGGCGUUACAGGGUCAGGCUGGUAAUGCUGGCCCGGCUGGGAACAUGUUAUCCAUGUUGAACCUGCGCAUGCCCAAAGAUGACCGCUGUUAA